GGAGAGGACGGCGCCUGCGCGGCCGCUGGACGCGCGAUGAAGCAGCGGCUGAAGCUGGAGGGGCGGCUCGCGGGCCACCCGGACUCGCGGGCCUGGUUCACGGCCUGGAGCCCCGCGGGGUCACUGCUCGCCUCGUGCGGCGGGGACCGGGCCGUGCGGGUCUGGGCCUCGGAGGGGACGGAGUGGGUGUGUAAGUGGGUGUUGGAGGAUGGGCACCAGCGCACUGUGAGGAAGGUGGCCUGGUCUCCCUGUGGGAACUACUUGGCCUCAGUCAGCUUCGACGCAACGACCUGUAUCUGGAGGAAGCAGGAUGGCGGCUUUGAGUGCAUUACAACGUUGGAAGGACACGAGAACGAGGUGAAGUCUGUCGCUUGGGCUCCGUCAGGCAACCUGCUGGCGACCUGCAGUCGUGACAAAAGUGUGUGGGUUUGGGAAGUGGAUGAGGAGGAUGAGUACGAGUGUGUGAGUGUGCUCAAUGCCCACACCCAGGAUGUCAAACAUGUCAUCUGGCACCCGAACGGAGAGCUGUUGGUAUCUGGGAGUUAUGACAACAGUAUUAAGCUGUACAAAGAGGAGGACGAUGACUGGGUUUGUUUCGACACACUGGAAGGACACGAGUCCACAGUGUGGAGCAUCGCGUUUGAUCAGAACGGGGAUCGAUUGGCCUCCUGCAGCGAUGACAAAACUCUGAAAAUCUGGAAAGAGUACAAGCCGGGGAACGAGCAGGGUGUAAUGUGCAAUGGCUCUAAUUCCUGCUGGAAAUGUAUCUGCACCUUGUCCGGUUACCACACCCGCACUGUCUAUGACGUUUCCUGGUGUCCGAACACCGGAGCCAUAGCAACUGCGUGCGGCGAUGAUGCGAUACGCGUCUUCGAGGAGGACCCCAACUCGGACCCCCAUCAGCCCACCUUCUCCCUCGUGGCCCACGUCCCCAAAGCACACGCCCAGGACGUCAACUGUGUGGCCUGGAACCCCAAGCAGCCCGGGCUGCUGGCUUCCUGCAGCGACGACGGGGAUAUCGCCAUCUGGAGAUACGAAGCUGAACUCGCUACCGGCUGCUCCACGUAAAGUCCCAGCCUGUGAUUCCCACAGCCGUCCGGCUGGCCAGUCACUCGCUGACCAACGCACCCUCGCAAAGCGUCCACCUCACCAGGACUGACACUGUUUGUUGCUGUAACAAUCAUAUCCUGACGCUGGUGUUGUCUAAUGUUAGCACUGACGGCACUGGAAGGCUUAAUUCAGAAUCUUAUCAACCACUGAUUUUUUAAAUUAUAAAUAUAUAUAUUAAAACAAAGGUCAGCGUAGCUCGCCUCCGACAGUCUCCUGGGGUUAUGAGCUGCAAUGCGAACCCGGUUGUUAGUCGAUUGGCGGAUCGCUUUUCCGGGGAUAAUAAUUCCUUCAGAAAAUAUUAAUAAUUUGGUCACUCAAUCCACGACUGUUUGUGGGGACGCUGUGAGCGCAAUUGGCUGCCGGGUUUCGCCCACAAAAUACAGUCAAUUCUCUUUACGGUGUAUUCUGUGAAGUUCUUUGCGACGUCUCAACAACGUGACAAGGCACUAUAUCAAAUGCAAGGAUUAUUAUUCUCUUUAUGCAGCUCAGGGAUAUCCCUGAGACGGUCAACGAUGUUGGAUAAGGAACAACUGCUGCCCCACUCGCCAGGUUUCACCCGCUCUGCUGUGUGUGUGUGUGCUGUAUUCGUCUAAAUCCAAGACAACGGCUCAAUAAAGCGCUCACUAAAUAA